CGCCGGGGCUCGUUCCGCGAACGCGCGCGGAGCAUCCGCGGGUUUGGUGGGGCCGGGGGCGGCUGUUGGCGAACCGCGUCUGUGGAGACGCGAGGGGGGAGAGGAACUGCAGUAAAUGUGCGUGAGGGAGCGGCUGGAACGCGGCGGGGCUGCUGCCCACGGGAUGAAUCACAGCCGGGUCAUCCAUCGGGGAGGAGCGGGAACGGGAACACGGGCGGGAACGGGAGCGGCGGCGGGGACGGGGCGCUCCAUCGGCGCCUUGGGCGCUGCGAGCGGGGCCGCUGCCCGGAGCCGGGCCCGGGACGUGUCCGCAAGGCCGGGGGUCACUGAUCUCCCCGGGGAACCGGCGCUGGGAACGUCCCUCUCCCCGGGCGGGCGGUGGGUGUCUUACAGCUGCCAGCCCCCCGUCCCGUCCCGCAGUGCCCCCCUGUCCCCGGGGCUGCUGCCACGUGCCCCGGGCGGGGCUGGUGCCGGGCGCUCUCUGAUCCUGAGCUUUCCUCCAGUUCCUGCCAAAAACCUACCAGGGAGUUGUUGCCGCUGCAGCAGCGGGUAUCCCAGCGACCGAAUUUAUUAGUUAAAAUCUCUGGUUUGCUGGAUUUUGAACAAAAUCGUAAAAGACAAUGAGCAUCAUGAAGUUAAUUCAAACCACAGCUGGAUGGCUGAUAAUUAGCUCAGCCCUCAUCGUCAGGGUGAGGUCGGCUGUCACCUGCUGUUUGAGCCUCACAAUUGGUUGACGUGGUUUUUGCCAUCAGAAUUGCUGGAGAAUUACUCCAGUGUAGAGGCACCACUUUCAAUUAAUAUUUAACCAGCAGAUCCCAAUGCAUAUCCCCCUGUUCAAAGUCCAGUGUAGAGCCAUGCUGGAGUUUACAUUUCUGUCGUGGAAACUCAUUGCAACUCCCUGAGCCAAAUCCUUGGAUGGAGCUGUUCCACGGCAGCAGCCGGGCUCCAGCCCUGGAGGAGGAGCCCCCAGAACCCACUGGGCUGGGCAGGACCUGAGGGGGGGCUGGGGGCUCACCCCUCACUCAGACAGAGAGCCCCCCUGGGCUGGCACCAGCAGAGCUCAGCAGAGAGAGGGAAAUCAUAGCUAUGAGUGUCAAGGGGCAGAUUUUUGUGGUUUGGGUUUUUUCUGAUAGGAAAUCGUAUUUCAGGAGUAGUUUUUGGAAACUCUACUUAGUGCAGAAGUAAUCCUAAAAUUGCCUGUAGUGCAAAUUUAAUACAGACUUAAUGCAAAGGGUUCAUUGCCAUAAACAUAGUCCCUGUUUAAACUGCAGUACAAAUCCUCAAGUGCCAAGGUUGGAUCACUCUGUUUUCCCAUUGCACUGGUGGCUUCAUCCAGUUGAGAAUCACAUCUUUGCCGUGCUGAGGUUGCUGUUGAGUGACAGAAUGUGUUGGUUUGGUUUCCCUAAGCUGACAGACCUGUUGCAGCAGUAUGCAACUUCCUUCAGGGACCCCAUGAUGCUGCAGCCCCCGGAGUGGUUCAAGGCCUUCAUCUACUGUGAAGCCUUUCUCCAGCUGCCGUUCUUCCCCGUCGCCGCCUACGCCUUCCUGAAGGGUGGUUGCAGAUGGAUCAGGACUCCUGCCAUUAUCUACUCCACCCACGUAGCCACCACUCUGUUUGCUAUCCUGGCCCAUAUCCUGUUCCACGACUUCUCCAAGUCCGAGCACGUGGGCCCUCAGACGCUGCGUGAGCGCCUCGUUCUGCUCUCUAUAUACCUGCCCUACCUGCUGAUCCCCCUCCUGAUCCUGUUCACCAUGCUCUGCAACCCCCACUACAAACACGUGGAGAAGAGAAAAAGGAAGUAGCCCCCUCUGGAAAUCGUACCCACCACUCCUGUCCUGGAUUUGGUUCCAACCCUGUGCUCACGGAGUCCUCUGGGACAAACAUCCCUCUCGUGUUGGCUGCAACAGCUCCUGCCAGGGCACUGCAAGGAAAAAUGGAAUUGGUUUGAGUGCACAGCUCUGCUUCCACCACAAACAGCUCUGCCAGAGGCUGGGCCAGCAACCCCCGGGGCCUCUGGGGUCGGGUCUGUGCGGGGCCUCUCCAACAGGAAAAUGGACUUGUAACCCUUGAUGUGUAACUGUGAGGGCACACACUCACACUCUGCAGCUGGUAUUGUUCUUCCAAGUUCCCUUUUUCCAAGAUGACUGUUUGGAAACCACUUAAGUAGGAAAUCUGUCUUCCAACAGCAUAUUCUGCAGACUCCCCAAGUGAUUACACCCAGAUUUGCAAAGCUGUGCUUCUGAAACGUUUCCAAUCAUGUCCUGAUUCUUAACUUCCUCACCCCUUCCUUUGAAAUUUCCCUGCCUUUGCUCUGCUUCAUUUUGAUUAAUUAAUGUCUGAUCAGUGGUAAAUGUGCCAAACUCUGGAUUUAUGAUACUUAAAGUUACCUUUGAAAAUGAGGAAUAUUGCCUAGAGGAUUUUGAAGUACUUCAGGAAUUGUAAACAAGGAAUUGCAAAUUUCUCGCUUCCCUGAAAUCAUUUAUAGUAUGGAAAUAAAUAACUACCUGCAAUAAU